AUGCUGUCUGUCGAGGAGACCUUAGCACUUGGCACCCCUUCUGCCGAAUGGGACGAGGCCUUCAAAACCAGCCCGCCUCGUGUGAGUGGCUGGACAAUGGACACUGACCUUGGCGGACUGAGAGCCAUGAUGGCCCAGGCCGGCGCAGCCCAGCGUGCAGCAGCCCCAGAUCCAUCAACCGUACCCUGGGUUGAGGAGGAAAUCCAGAUUCCCACAAGAGACGGCGCGUCUCUCAUUGCCCGCAUCCAUAAGCCAAAGCAACUCCCUGAGGACGGCUGUCCUGUUUUCGUGGCCUUCCACGGUGGUGGCUUCAUCAUUGGAUCCGUCGAAGAGAUUUCGUUCGUCUGCCGCGCCUUCACUCAGCUGGGUGGCAUUGCGGUGAACGUAGAGUAUCGUCUUGCUCCCGAGAACCCAUUCCCCAUCCCCGCUAACGACUGCUACGACGCAGUGUCCUGGACAAUCGAGAACACCAAGAACCUGGGAAUCAACCCAGAGAAGGGCUUCCUCGUUGGCGGCGAGAGCGCCGGCGCAGAUCUGGCUCUUGGUGUCGCCUAUCUUUGGGGAAAGGAGCAGCGAUCACCCCCACUGACGGGCAUUUACUCGUCAGUUGCCGUUGCAGCUACGGAGGAAACUGUCCCCGCGAAGUACAAGGAUCGCUUUCUGAGCAUGGAGCAAAACGCGCAUGCGCCAGUCAUCACGAAGGAGUCCGUCCAAGUCAUCCACAAGAACUACAAGCCUGACUUCACGAGCCCCGUCGCCUACCCUAUCCUGUCCCCAGACCUCGGCAACAUCAUGCCCAAGACCUACUUCCAGGCCUGCGGUCUCGACCCUCUGAGAGAUUGCACUCUGGUCAUGGAGCAGGUGUGGAGGGACGCGGGGGUGCCCACCAAGUUGGACCUGUAUCCCGGUGUGCCUCACGGCUUCUGGGCAGUUUACCCGCACUUGAAGGCUAGCCAGAAGUUCCUGGAGGACGGCGCAAUCGGUCUCCGUUGGUUGCUGAGUUGA